AGAUUCUUAAAGAAUGUCUAAGAAAGAAAGGUCUGGAAGAUUCAAUUUGAGGGCGUUAUUAGUUCAAUAUAAACAGGGUUCACACAAAGACUAUGAUGAAUUUGUCAACAUUUUAUCAGAUCCACAAACAAAGGCUGAGGACCUGAGAGUGUACUUAAGAGGAAUUAAAGAGAAUGUGACAGAACUGAACAGAGAGUUUGAGGAUUUAGUGGCAGUUCUUUUGAAAUUAGACUGGCCACAUAGAGAGCUCUCGGUGGUGAGGGAAUAUCAGUCCCUUCUUGUGGGACUCGUCUGUGUUCACUCCUACUACCUCAGGGCCAGUCUCCGUAUGCUCGUCAAGUACUUCACUCCUGCCAUAAACAAGUCAGCCCCAGAUACAGAAGUGAGUAUGGAGAUACAACAGACAAAUGAGGCAGUAUUUCUCAAUAUACACAUGGUACUCAAAGCUAUCCUGGAUUCUGUUCCAAUGUCAUCGACAGUAUUGUUGCCCCUACUACAUGAUUUGUUUCCAUUCCUUGGGAAGGCUGCCUACAUACAAGAAUGCUACAUCAGAAACCUCCUACAAAUUACCACAUACCUCCCUAGUGCCAGGCAGAGAAUUCUGGAACUGGUCAUAGACAGGAUGCUUAAGUUAGAUGUUCGGGCCCCACGACAGGACAUCCAGGAAACUGAGGGAGAUGAGGAGGACAUGGAAGAGGGCAUUGUGUUUGACAUGGAUUUUGAACAAGACUUAACCAGAGAUCUGGAAAAUAAAGAUGGUUGCAUCUUUGAUAGGAAACGUUCAGAUAAACCUAUGACCCACAGAGAAGCCAAUAUACUUGAUGUGUGCAUGGAAAUGACCUUGACAUAUAUAUCCAAUGUCUGCUAUACUAAUGGAGAGUGUAACUGGGAAGCCACAAAGAAGCUAUACAGGGAGGUAUUACUGGUGUUUGACCGCCUCAUUCUUCCAACACACGCCUCCUGUCAUGUCCAGUUUAUCAUGUUCUAUCUCUGUAGCACAAAACUACCAAUCUGUGAAGGUUUUAUAGACUACUUGUGGAAGAAAGUACAGAACCCAAACACAGAGAGUGUGUUCCGACAGGCUGCAGUGGGCUACAUGGGAAGUCUACUCUCCAGGGCCAUGUUUGUACCUCUCAGCACAGUAACAGCCUGUCUAGACCUUAUGUGUGAAUGGAUACAUCUGUAUCUAGACAAUACAAGUGAGGAGAUUGUAAAUGCAGAUGUCAGUCAUCAUGGGCCAUUCUACUCCGUCUGUCAGGCAGUCUUUUAUGUGUUUGUUUUCAGAAACAAGGAAAUCUUUGAAUGGAAGAAAGGUCAUAAGUGGGCGGAAAUUCUGAAUUUCCAGCGAAUUGUCACCUGUCGUUUAAAUCCUCUCAGAGUUUGUUUACCAGUGAUUGUCAAAAUGUUCUCCUCCAUUUCAAGAAUGCAUCAGCUGGCGUUUUGUGAUACGAUUAUUGAGCGUAACAAGCGAUGUAUAUUGCCGGUGACAAGUAAUGGUAUAGGGACCUCGUCUGUCCUCACUGAGCUGGACUCCUAUUUCCCCUUUGACCCAUAUCUUUUAAAUAGGUCAGGUCGCUUCAUCAUUCCUCUGUACAGAGAGUAUAAGGGUUCUAUAGAAGAGGACCAAGAACUCUCAGAUGGUGAAGAUGAUUUUCUCCAAGAGGAACAACUAUCCUCCACAUCUGAAUCACUACCCCAAAGUAUGUCUCUCAGUAAAACUCCCAAAGACUUCCUUCAUUAUGGCAUUUCUCCAGGCUUCAAGCAUAUUCAGGACAUCACCUGAACGUUUGAGUGAAUGACAUCUCAGUGUGCAAUACUACAUGUCAUUAAAUGACACAGAUUGAAAUAUGCUACUUCUGGUCGCCAUUUUUAAGCUGAUUUUUUUCCAUUGUUGGGUGAAAAUCUGGUUGUCGUGACUUCUCCCAGUCAUGACCAGAAGUCAUGAGUUUCAUUAAGCUUCAACAUUAUAAAGUAAUUUAAGUACUGUUUCAGAUUUGUGUUUCUUUUUACAAAUGUUGUAUGUAUAUACAUGUACAUAUAGGUACUUAUUUUUAAAAAGUAUAAAUAAAGUCUGUUAGGGAAAAGUUUUUUAAUUGGGUUGAAUAUUUGCCCGGUUGUUGUGACAGUCAUGAGUUUCAUUAUCCUUCUGUGUUACAGAGAGGUCAGUACGUUAUUUACAGAGAGGUAUGCUCUCUGUAGUGCUUUGUUCUUUGAUCUGUUCAUUCCCGAGUGAAUUACCCUCGUAAGAACACAUUACUAUAGAUUCCUAAAUAUACGCGAGGAAUAAAUUAUCGCGGAAUUACGCGAGAAGCACCGCUCGCGAAAUAAAAUUACUCGCUUUUAUUUUUAUGGUGCUUUAAUGUAUGUAAAAUCUCUAAAUAAAUCAACCAUUCGCGGAUUAUUAUUCUCGCGAUUUGACGCCCUUGGCU